UGGAAGGAUGCUUUUAAGUUUCUAAAUCGCCAGCUCAUCAGAGUCACUCAAGCCUCAAAGGCCCUGUUUCCAUCGCAUCAUCCACGGUUUGAUGAAGGAGAUCAGCAGAAGCUUCACUGUCAACUUGUUUGCAGAUUCAGAUGGAAUUGAAUGCCUGUGUAAAGGUGGGGCUAGUGACAUGCUUUCCUCAAGUCAAAGACCGGUGCAGGCCAGUGGCACCAAAGGUAAAGGUGCUUAGACUUGACAUACCUUGCACAUAGGCCUUCUGUAAGCCUCGGGUCUUUAUCGGCAUCCACAGGUGUAGGCACCUCGACGAGACCUUAUAAAGCUCAUAAAGCUUUGCAUAUCACAGAGAAUGCUCGAAAUAAUUCUCUCAGAACACAAGUCAACGAGCACAGAAAGCACCAGAAUUUGUGCCAAGAUGUUGGGGUACUGGACUUCAAUGGUUGGAUAAAACUUCUGGAGGGCAUCUCAGUUCGAUGAGCUUGAUCUCGCCAAACAUCACAGGCCGUAGCAAAUGUCCAAUACAUGCUGCCUCAUGUGUGUCUAGGUAGGUCUCGGAGUCAUUGCAAGUCCAUGCGUCGCUUGAUUGAUGCUGCAUAACUUCAGCCCCAGUUGCAUUCGGUGAUUUCAAAACACGGAAUCGUCCAAAGGCAUUGAGGGACACACCUCUCAGAUCCUGAGAGGGCAGCUUGUUCCGUACAAAGAAACUCGAGGCGGAAACCUUUUAUUUUGAUGGCUUUGGAUGUACCGUUGAAAGGGCUUUGUUCGGAAUGGGAUAUUUGGUAUGCCUUGCAGGAGGGGGCACAAAUGCAAGCAACCCAGCCGCGUUUGGAAAAGCAAGCGAUUUGGGCUGGAUCUACUUGUGGGGAUGCUCAUCAUAUCGAAUAUUGACAAGAACACUGUUCUGGGGUCCUGUGGAUUUGAGGUAGUACAAAAUAUGUAUUCUUGUGGCGUGAUUUGUAACUACGAAAGGUAGCUUGAGCUAAAGGUGCUCAGAGUUUCGGAGCUUGUUCAGGAGGAUGGCUGAUGGGUUUGUGAUGUCGAGUGAAUGCUGUGAAGAUGUCGCUUGCAUUUCAUUUGGUCUUCAUUCCUAAACGCAAUCAUUAAAAGCAGUGGAGGAUGGAAGGCCAGUGCAUGAGUUGCCAGGUUCAGAUAUGCCACUAAAAAACACAUAAACGAAACGACACCUAACAAAUCCAACCAGAGUGUAUUCAGAGCUAUAUUUAAAUGGUUGCUGCUAGGACGCUAGCUCAGUUUUAGGGGAAGCUGCCCUGGGAUGGUUUGAGUUGAAGUGCUUUCAGAUUUUAGGGUUGUAGAAUAGAUGCUUGGUUUUGUGUGAAGAAACACAUGCUUAUCAUUCUUCUAGUCACACCCCUGUGCCUAUGAAUGACUUUUACAAAUCCUUGACCAUAACGCUCCCGAAACGGAUCCCUGAUACUGUAAGUGUUCUUUAAACGAGGCUUGAAAGGGUCGCAGCAGUUCAACAGGGCUCCGCACAUGGGCCUCUCGAGGGUCUUGAGGUGGACUGACUUGCUUCACCUGAGGCCCUGAGGCACUUGAUUGAAUGCAAUGCAAUGGAUGGUUCAAUGAGAUUCGGCGUAUGGCGCACUUAAUUCUAAAUACAUCUAAAUACACCUAUGGACAACUAGCAAAAGCACUUCAGAAUCGAGGUCAGCGGGUUGUGUAGUACAGUAGAUCUUGUGUUAAUGUGGUUGGGCUGCAACGAACUGAGACAACAAAACAUGUAAAGAAACUCAUGAAUCAAAGACAGGCGCUUUAGAUUGAAGUGUCACUGUUUCGAUAUCCAUUCUAUACUUUCAGCACAGCUGUUUGAGGCCUCUAGCUUUGCGGCACCAGAAAAGUCAAUCGAAGAAAACGAUGAGACCAACGCAUCAUCAGCUUUGUGGCCUGGCCAGUCUGCUUACCAUUUGGCUCUUUAACUCCAUCUCUAUUUAUAACAUCUCCAUACUUAGACUCAGAAAACUCUCAAACACUCCUUUUCCUUUACUCCUAAACCUUAAUUUUGCCUUUUUCUGGUGUACUUAAAGGUUUUAAUCUGGGCUUGGAAUGAGAAUGCUGUCAGAGCAUUUCUAUGUCGGCCAAGAGAGGAGUAGGCAACACGCUUGUUUUCCAGAGAUGCCUUUGAAAUCCAACUUGCUUGGCAUUCCCCUCCAAGACACACGACAAGAAGUAGGACAAGUAAACCACAAUCGUGGCCCGUGACCUGUUAAGUGUCUAAAAAUGGCAGGACAUGCGACAUUUCCAAGAGCAGGUCAAAGAUGUCAACAACAGGUGCCCAUCAUGCAUGCUGGGUCCUAGCUCAUCACAACAGCUGAAGCUACCAUUUUGUGAAGACAGUGAGAUGAUUGCAUCAGUUGAUCUUCCGACGCUCGGUAUGGCUUGACCAUAUUCAUGCCGAGCACGGACUGUGUGGCCUAAUGAUUCCACUUCCCGAACUGCUGCCAUCUCAGCUCCCGGUUUAAAGGCAGAUUGUCAUGUCCCAGUGCUGCCAUGAUGCUUGCAAUGCUUGGGAUGUUUGGAAUCUUGAUGAUGAUGGCAACUGGACAUUCGACUUAGCGUUGCCUUGCUUGUUGCGUGGAGAUUUUUGAGACUGUGUAGAUAUCCAGACCUUCCUUCACGUGGACAAAAUGGUGGAGGGCCGCAGCACACACUUACCACAUUUUGCCUUUAGAGAGUUGAUAGUACUUGAUCAUCUUGAUCCUGCCUCCAUAUUGAUCUUCCAUUCUAUCUUCUGGUCAUAGCCCACUUGCCCGCUUGAAGUAUGGGAAUCGUGCGAGACGAGGCCCCUCCUGGCUUCCAGGUCGCAGCUGAGCCCAAUACUUGGACUUUGCUCACAGGCGCCGCUCCCUGGAGUGCACGGGACCGUGCUGCUGCCACCGUGUUGAAGGGCCGCGUUUUCCUGGCGGGUGGCUAUGACUAUCACGAACACCUGAAUGAUGUUUGGUCUUCAGAGGAUGGAAUCACUUGGACUCAAGUUUCGAAUGAUGCCAGCUGGACAGCCCGAUCUGGCCAUUCAAUGGUCACCUUCAACAAGAACAUGUGGAUAUUGGCAGGUGAGAAUAGUCCUAUUGGUAAAAGCAUUUACUUCAAUGACGUUUGGGCUUCCCCCGACGGAAAGCAAUGGGAGCAGCUGACUGGAAAUGCUCCGUGGUGCAAGCGGACGAGUGCAGCAGCGGCCACGUUCGACUCGAAGGUGUUCGUACUGGGCGGAGUGUCUGAAUCCAACACCUACUUGAACGACGUUUGGUCAUCGGCGGACGGCCGAGAGUGGACAGAGUUGGUCACAGCAGCGCCCUGGUCACCACGCUGGGGCUUGGGCGCAGCAGUGCUGAGAAACCAGUUGGUGAUCAUGGGUGGAAACAUCGAUUUCGGGCCUGGCGAGACCAACGAUGUUUGGUCCACGCUCGAUGGUCGUGCCUGGCAGCGGGGCAGUGAUGCACCAUGGGCAGCGCGCGCCGAUUUUGGAUUGGUGGCAACGGAGGAUCAAAUCUACUUGGCAGGUGGGACAAGCUACAAGAAGUUCAAUGACAUUUGGGCGUCCAAUGGAACCACCUGGACCGAAAUUCUCGCAGAUGCCCCUUGGGGGCCACGCUCCGGCCUAUGUUCAGCAAUUCUGCCUACGAAGGUCCUGGGAAUCUUCGGAGGAAAUGGGCGGUACGUACAAGAACCUUGGUGUGGUCAUGGCUGCGCACUGAUGACAAAAGUCCGAUCCAACGGUUCCAGGAUGCUUAGACAACCAAAAGAACUGGGAUGUGGAAACUACUUUGGAUAGCUCUCUUUGUAUGUAGUCGUUGUUUGACUACGCUCGGCGAUGUGGACACCAAUGAUGUGUGAGAUGUACAAUGAUGUUUGGUCACUCCAUCUCAACUCUACGCAGCUUUCGGCCCAACUAAUUAUUUGAAGGCCAACACAAUCAAUGUGUGUAGGUAACAAAGA